GUCAAAUUGGCGAACUUGCGUGCUUGUUUAUUUUUUUUCUCAGGGUAGAAAAAUAUGAUUUAAUUUAAUUAAAACACAUUAUAAAAUAAAAUGGGUCGAAGUCCUUCUCCUUGCAGUAGUAAUUACUACAAGCGAAAGCGUUCACGGUCUCGAUCCCGUUCUCGUGAUAGGGACAGACAUAAAAUAAAGAGAAUAUCAGUAUCUACUUCAUCAUCUAAAAGUAUUGAAGAAGACUUCAGUUUUACGAAUUACAAACGAGACUUGAACAAAAUCAUUCUAUAUAGCAAUGAAAGCAAUACUGUUGUGAAUAACCUCGACGACUUUUGGGUGUUUUUGAAGAAAUAUGAAGCUACUUUAAGGAAAGCCGGCAAACCCAUAAUUGACUACGGACCCGACGAAAAGAGCGAUGAUAAAACUGAAGCCUUCUCAAAAUUUGAUUGUAUAAACUUUACCACUUCUAUAAAGUAUUUAGAUACUGUAUACAAUGACAGUCAAAGGGGAAAGUUGGACAAAAAACUAUUUAAAGCAUUCUUGAAUAUAGUUUCUAUUUACCUCGACUUCAAGAAUAAAGAGAAGUUUGAGAAGCUUAGGAAAUUGAGACAGGCUCAGAAAGAUUUGCCUGUUGCUAAAUAUAGAGAUGAAAUAGUAGCCGCUGUUAAAAAUGAGAGGGUAGUGGUUGUUGCUGGUGAUACAGGAUGUGGCAAGUCUACACAGGUGCCACAGUAUUUACAUGAAGCUGGAUUUGAAAGUAUUGCCUGUACACAACCAAGGAGAAUAGCCUGUGUGUCUCUAUCAAAGAGAGUAGCUUACGAAAUGCUAACACAAUUUGAAAGUAAAGUUGGUUAUCAGAUAAGGUUUGAAAAGAGCAAGACAGCGGACACAAAGAUAUGUUUCAUUACCGAAGGAUUACUGCUUAGACAGAUGUCAUCAGAAAGCCUACCCAGUUAUGACGUCAUAAUCCUGGAUGAAGUUCAUGAGAGGCAUUUGAUGGGAGAUUUCCUAUUAGGCAUCUUGAAAUGUCUUAUACAUACUCGGGCUGACAUCAAACUUGUACUUAUGUCUGCUACUAUUAAUAUAAAGCUGUUUGAAGACUAUUUUUCUGCAGAAUCUGCUGUUGUUAUACAGGUUCCUGGUCGGUUAUUCCCUAUACAAUUGCAGUAUAAACCAAUAUUAAUGGACGACAAGCCGACGCGAGAUGACCGGCUCGAUCCACAGCCGUAUGUCCAGGUUAUGCAGCUAAUUGAUAGCAAAUAUCCGCGUAACGAGAGAGGUGAUCUGUUAAUAUUCCUGUCCGGGGUCCAAGAAAUUACUACAAUAUGUGAUGCAGCUCAGCAGUACGCGGAGAAGUCGAAGAAUUGGAUAGUUUUACCUCUACACAGCGGUUUGUCGCUCGCUGAGCAAGAUAAGGUGUUUGAUUACCCGCCAGAAGGAGUUAGAAAGUGUAUAGUAUCAACAAAUAUAGCUGAAACUUCUGUCACUAUUGAUGGAAUAAGAUUCGUCGUGGAUUCUGGCAAGGUUAAAGAAAUGAGCUAUGAUUCUACAACAAAAAUGCAGAGAUUGAAAGAGUUUUGGAUUUCGAAAGCUAGUGCAGAUCAACGCAAAGGACGUGCUGGGAGAACAGGUCCUGGCGUCUGCUACCGCAUUUACUCGCAAGAACAGUACAAUGAAAUGGACGACUUCAGCACUCCUGAAGUGUCUCGCGUUCCUCUCGCAUCGUUAUUACUCCUAAUGAGCUCUUUAGGUGUCAGUGACGUCAGACGGUUCCCCUUCCUCGAUACACCACCUGAAGAUGCCGUCGAAAAUGCUUUGUUGGAGUUAAAACAACAUGGUGCAUUAACUUCAAAUGAGAAACUAACAGCUUUAGGCAAGGCAUUGGCCAAUCUGCCAGUAGAAGUGUGCCUAGCCAAGACUUUAGUACUAGGCGUAGCUACGUUACCUCCUCAUAAACUGGACUCCGCUCUAGCGCUUGCAGCCGCGCUAGGAAUACGAUCCAUCUAUACUACCAGAGCUCAUCGGGAUUUCGAAUGUGAGAACGCUCGAAGACCAGAUGAAUCGGACCACGGAGAUCCUUUAACACUUCUAUCGUUAUACUGCGCUUGGCUAAGAGAGAAACGAGAUACCCGCGGCGGUAGGGCGUGGUGUAGGAGACGGGGUAUUGAAGAACAACGCCUUUAUGAACUCACUAAACUGGCUGCGCAACUUAGAUCUCUGCUGCAGUCAAGUAAUUUGAUGGAGACUCCUGAACCUGAAUCUAUGUCGUCAGCCGAAAGGGCUCUGCGACAUGGUCAGGUUAAGCAGUUGAAGGAUGCGCGACGGCAAUUCAAACAAAAAGCAGCGAACGAUUUAAAACGCAAGAAGCGUUUAAAAAUGAGCUCGUGGGAGAUAAUAGAUGAUAAUGCCAAUGAGGAUGAAGAUAUAGACAUCAGGGAUGUCGAGUUCCGACUGACGAAUGAUGCUCAGCGCAUACAGUCGCUUAUUGCGGGAUCCAGCGCCUCCAGUGGACGGGAUCUUGUUAUGUUGAAGUUGGUUCUAUGCAGAGCAUUGUAUCCACAAGUAGCUGUAGCGGACGGAUUCAAUCACCAUAAGUCAGUAGCAGAACAACUAUACCACACUUGGAGUAAACCGUUCGUGUUCCUUCACCCGACAUCGUACUUCGGCAAGCAGUCACGAGUUUUACAGCUGACAGAAGCCGACAUAUUGUCGGACAUGAGGGAACUCAACGCCGUAGGCUACGAGGGCAAGUUGCCCGUGUCUUCUAAACACCAGAUUUUGUGUUAUCUAUCGCUAUUGGAGACGACUAAGCCUUACAUAGUGAAUUCUAUGCGCAUGCCCGCUGCGCAAACUCUGCUGCUGUUAGCGCAUUCGAUAGAUACCAAUAUUGGUUUUACAAGAAUUGUUUGCGACUCCUGGCUGUUAUUGGAGUUUCCAUUCCCUGAAACUGGGUUAAAAUUGCUCCUUAAAGCCGUGAAACUACGCCAAAGAUGGGAUGCUUUGGUAAAUAGACGGCUUCAGGAUGCGAACCCAACGAAAUCGGUCGAAAGUGAAUUGGAGAAACAGAAACAAGAGAAAAUUUCAUAUGAAGAAGUUCAACACGAGUUGGCUUGUGAUAUGAGUACUUAUAUGACAUCUGAAGUAUAUUAUACUAUCAAGAGAUUAUUACCAGGUGACCUUAAGGUCUUAUAUUGUGGGAAUGAUGAGGCUCAUCCCAGUAUAGACCCCAACCCCUUCGACGAGAACUUCGUUUGCAGACCCCAUGAGAAAAAAGGAGGCGUUUACGUUACUGAUAAUGUUGUUUAUAAUUGUGUCGUGGAUUCAGUUUGGAGCGCCAAAAAUUAUGAAGAUAUGUACAAUAUUCCUUGGACUUGCCCUAAUUGUGAGCUCACAGUCUGCCUAUCCCCUUUAGAAAGAUUACAACACCAACACUUUACUUGCUCCCAAAAAGAAGUAAAAACCAAUAAAGAAGACGCACCGAAAACUUCAAGGGAAAUGAAACCUAAUGCUAAAGAGUAUAAGUGUGAAACUUGCGAGCAAACCUUGUAUUUAACUCCUGUUGAAAUUUUAAAACAUAAAAAAGGUUGUAAAGAAAAAUAA